GAACCGCUGGAGCCGCGACAUGCUGUGGUGCAGAGCCGCCCGCUAAGCAGCGCAGUAUCCCGCCCCGACCCGCAGCUUCAGGGGGGACAAUGGGGGGUUCCCAGAGCGUCGAGAUCCCGGGUGGAGGGACUGAAGGGUACCACGUCCUCCGGGUGCAAGAGAAUUCCCCCGGUCACUGUGCAGGACUGGAGCCUUUCUUUGAUUUUAUCAUCUCAAUAUGCGACACCAGAAUGAACAAGGACAAUGACACCCUGAAGGAGCUGCUGAAGAUUAAUGUGGAGAAGCCCAUCAAGAUGCUGCUGUACAGCAGCAAGACGCUGGCUGUGAGGGAGACCACUGUCACACCCAGCAACAUGUGGGGGGGCCAGGGGCUGCUGGGGGUCAGCAUUCGCUUCUGCAGCUUUGAAGGAGUCAAUGAAAAUGUUUGGCACGUCUUGGAAGUGGAGCCAAACUCUCCUGCCGCCUUGGCUGGACUGAGGCCUCACACCGACUACAUCAUAGGAGCAGACACCGUCAUGAAUGAGAGUGAAGAUCUGUUCUCGCUCGUUGAAACCCACGAAGGGAAGGAGCUGAAGCUGUACGUUUACAACACGGACACGGACAACUGCCGUGAGGUGGUCAUCACUCCAAACUGUGACUGGGGUGGAGAGGGCAGUCUAGGAUGUGGGAUUGGCUAUGGCUACCUGCACAGGAUACCUACGCUGCCAUCUACAGAGGGUAAGAAGAUCCGUUUCCCUGCACAGACUCCUAAUGAACCAGCACCUCCACCUAAAGAUGGCUUCACAGAGCAGGUCCAUCUCUCUGCUGUCGUUCCAACUGUUCCAGUUGUUGUGUCCUAUUCUGCUUCGACUGGAUUAGAGCAGUCUCUGUCCAGCUUGUCAGUCAGCUCCAACCCAACCUCUGUCGUGAGCCAUCUGCAGACAGGAGCUCCUACUGUCCCGUUGCCCAGCCAGGUGACGUCCUCACCAAGUGUUCCACUGUCUGUCCAUCCUGCUCCAACAAUCCCAGGCUUAAUGCCCAUGCGUGGAGGUCUUCCGCCUUUUCCUAAUUUACCGAACCUAAACGUCAACUUGCCAGAGGUGGCUCAUGUAAUGCCACCUGGAGUUGGACUACAACAUGGAGGUUUUCCACCUCUUCCUCCUCUCAACUUGCCAGGUGUGGUCCCUGGUGUAACUCUGCCUCCAUCUGACUUUGUUUUUCCCCACAUCUCUGCGAAUACUGCACCUGCUGUACCACAGGAUACCACAUCUCCCUCUUCCACUAUCCAAAUGAACAGUUCACUGAUCAAAACCCCCAACCCAUCAUCGGCGACCACCUCUGGAUCGAUAAAUAUCACCAUGUCUGUGGACUCAUCUUAGCAAAGAACAGCAUUUAAGGAAGCUAGCUCUAAAGUCCUUACACAGUAUCAAGUCUAUUCGCUGCACCACUCAGCUGACAGAUUGAUCUUACACACACUGUUAAGAUUGUUGUAUGAGCUCAAGGGAGAUGCUGGAACUAAACUGCUGUUCCUUCUCAACUGCAGCAAAAACAGCAGGUUGUUCCAAGAAUGAUUUGUCAAAAGAAAACUGCAUCUAAAGAGCAGUUUGUUUGGUCAGCAAAAGAAAUAUUAAGAUAUAGUCAAAAAAAACUUUCAGCAGAAUUAAACGCUGUUGCAGUACAACUUUAAAAUAAUAGGUAUGAUAAUUUUGCUCAAAAACAAGUUGUAAAAUAUGAGAAAUGGGUUACUUUAAGUGUGCAUCUUUAGGGGUUAAACUAGGGGGGAGAAGGAGCUGUUACUUAUACUACUGGGGAUUUUCCUUUAGAGAAGAAGGUUUGCUUGCUGCAGCGCCGUAGCCAUUAUUAAACUGUUUUGAUUUUGUACAGAAAAUUAUUUGUAAAGUGAGAUAUCGUUGCCUUGAUUAAACUGAUGUAUUUUCUCUAA